CUGUUGAUGUUGCUAACGAAAAUUACUGUCAAUGAUUGUCCCGUUUGAAAUAGCAUGUUUUGUAUGGGAGACGGUACGGUUUGAAAUACUUUUUGAUAGUUUGGUAUCAUCAGAAAAUGAAAGUAUGAAGUACAAGAAAGAAAACGAUACGAUUUCGUUUGCUGCUAUAAUAUAUUAUAACGAUUAGUUAGCGUAGCUAGACGAUUUUGUGGUCUUGACAGUACAAUGUUAGUACGAAGGGCAGGAGUCCUCAGGCGAGUUUGAUGCAGAAGAUUCAAGCAAUAGUAGAUCAUUCAAAAAUAUAUACAAUACAGACAAAAGAGCUAUUGGUUGUAAAGAGUUAACAAGUGCAACGGAUACUGAUAUAAUGUCUCUUCUUUCAAUGCCUUCUACUCGAGAAAAACAAAAUAAGCAGGUUGGAGAAGAAAUUUUGGAACUGCUCUCGAAGCCAACUGCUAAAGAAAGAUCCUUAGUGGAGAAAUUUAAAUCAGAAGGUGGAGCUCAAGUUAUGGAGUUUUGUCCACAUGGUACACGAAUUGAAUGUGAACGUCAGCAAUCCUCGCCCAAUGAUCCAGAAGAUGAUACUGAAGAUGAUGUUCAUAAUGAUCACGGUGACGUGGAUGAUAAUUGUGACAUCGAUGAUAUGAGUAACGAGAAGCAUUCUGUAUUGAAUACUCAUUCCACAAUAAACUUGAAUAUGUCUGGAAUUGCUAACAAAAUUUCAGAUUAUCGUUGUAAUAAGUUACAUUUCAAGAAAAUAAUUCAAUCACACACUGAUGAAACAUUGGGAGAUUGUAGUUUUCUCAAUACUUGUUUUCACAUGGACACCUGUAAGUAUGUCCAUUAUGAAGUUGAUUCACAAUCGAGCAAUUGCAAAUUUGAUGAAAAUGACAAAUCCAAUCGAGUUUUGGACCUUCCGAAACUAAAAGUAGUAGAUCCAAGCACUGCAUUACAUCCAGCUCAAUGGAUUCAAUGUGAUUUACGGUUUCUUGAUAUGACAGUAUUAGGUAAGUUUGCAGUAAUAAUGGCAGAUCCUCCUUGGGAUAUACAUAUGGAACUACCAUACGGAACAAUGUCAGAUGAUGAAAUGAGACAAUUAGGAGUUCCUGCCCUUCAAGAUGAUGGCCUUAUUUUUCUUUGGGUAACGGGGCGUGCGAUGGAACUAGGCCGUGAGUGUCUGAAACUGUGGGGAUAUGAACGAUUUGAUGAACUUAUAUGGGUGAAAACAAAUCAAUUGCAACGUAUAAUUCGUACUGGUAGAACAGGACAUUGGUUGAAUCAUGGAAAAGAGCAUUGCCUAGUGGGAACGAAAGGAAAUCCAAAAAAUUUGAAUCGUGGACUUGAUUGUGAUGUUAUUGUAGCUGAAGUACGUGCUACCAGUCAUAAGCCAGAUGAAAUAUAUGGUAUAAUAGAACGGCUUAGUCCAGGUACUAGAAAAAUAGAAUUAUUUGGCAGGCCACACAAUGUUCAACCCAAUUGGAUUACUCUUGGAAAUCAAUUAGAUGGCAUUCGCUUGGUCGAUUCCGAACUUAUAAGCCAAUUUCGAAAAAGAUAUCCCGAUGGAAAUUGCAUGGCACCAUUGGCACCAUCGGCACCAUCGCAAAAAUCAUCAACCAACUAAUUAUAAUUGUGCGACACUCAAAAUGUGACAGAAACGAGACCCACCGUUUUUACAUAAUUUGGGUAUGCUGAUUUCAAUGGCAUCACCCGUUUUUCUCUAUCACGUCAGGAUUUUACACAAUUUUCCUAGAGAGUUUUCCGGAAAACCAAAAUUGGCUGUUUAUACUCUAGUAACAUUUUGAAUUCAUGCAAUAUCCCAGAGUGGUGACCUAUCAGGCGUUGUAGUACGGUUCAAGUAUAGCCCAGCCACACAAUUCGUUUUGAAAAAAAAUUGGGUAAUUUGAAAAAAAAAAAAUGAUUUGGUUAUUCCUCUCUGAAGUCACAUUUUGAAGUAAAAAUGGUGUCCAUUCAAACGCUCUGAAAAUGAGUAUUUGGGGGUUUUUUGACAUGAAAAGACCGAAUAUGCCGCUGUUUUUGCUAUAAAAUUGGGUUUGAAUACACUUACCACACGUUGAAAUUUUUGGUUAUUUUUGACCAUUUUGGAUACUUUUUGUGUGGUAAGUGUAUUCAAACCCAAUUUUAUAGCAAAAACAGCAUCAUAUUCGGUCUUUUCAUGCCAAAAAACCCCCAAAUACUCAUUUUCAGAACGUUUGAAUGGAUACCAAUUUUACUUCGAAAUGUGACUUCAGAGGGGAAUAACCAAAUCAUUUUUUUUUUUUCAAAUUACCCAAUUUUUUUUCAAAACGAAUUGUAUGGCUUGACUAUACUUGAACCUACUACAACGCCUGAUAGGUCACCACUCUGGGAUAUUGCAUGAAUUCAAAAUGUUACUUGAGUAUAAACAGCCAAUUUUGGUUUUCCGGAAAACUCUCUAGGAAAAUUGUGUAAAAUCCUGACGUGAUAGAGAAAAACGGGUGAUGCCAUUGAAAUUAGCAUACCCAAAUUAUGUAAAAACGGUGGGUCUCGUUUCUGUCACAUUUUAAAAGUUAAAAAAUGACGCACAGUGAAUUAUAGACUUUCCAAAUGACUUUUGUGUGAAAUCAAAUUAAAAUGCCUGAAACAAAUAAUAAAAAAAAUCUUUUGUUGUUACAAAUCGUAACAAAUGCAUAGGAAAA